AUGUAGAGAUCAAACAAAUUAAAAAUAGCCCGAAGUACUUCAUUUGAGAUCGUUCUUCAUCAUUAUUUUAGCAUACCUUUCCUAAAAUGCACAAAUUCUCAACAAGACCUUAACCUUUACCUUUACCUUUCCACCAUGUCUACUUCUCCAAAACCAAUUUCCACUAAACGCCGCACCAAACGCAAAUCUCCUACUACCACCACUACCACUACCACUACCACUACCACCUCCAUUUCUCCACUUCUUUCCACCAUAACCAAAUCUCUUACUUCUUCUUAUUCCUUCCUUCUUAACAAUGACCUUUACCUUCUUCCAAACCAAUCUAAUUCGCUACACUUUUCCCUCUCUUCUUCCUUUCGUUCUCUCUCAAAGCUUCAAUCUCUCUUCAAUUUUCAACCCCAUGAUCACCUCCCACGUUCUCCAUCUCCCUCUUAUUGUUGGUUUCAAAGAUUCCUCUUUUCAACUUCCUCUGAUUAUGAUAAUGAUAGGUGGGUUGAUUUCUUUAGGAUGUCAAAACCCACAUUUUAUCUUCUAAAUUCAUCUCUCUGUGACCCCCUUUCUCUUAUUCUUCCUUCAUCAAUUUCCCCUGAUUUCGCACUUGCUGCUGCUCUGUAUAAACUUGCCCAUGAUGGUUCUUUUUCCUUUAUAGGUAAAAGAUUUGGAUUUUCCUCGGCUGAUGCUUGUAGGUGUUUUUAUGCUGUUUGUAAGGUGAUUUGUGAUCAAUUAGGUGGUUAUUUGAGUGGUUUUGGUACUGAAAUGGGGAGAAUUUUGGUGGGUUUUGAGUGGAUUUCUUUGACUAAUUGUUGUGGGGUUUUAGGGGUUGAGAAAUUUGAAUUAGAAGGAGAAGUGUUGGGGGAAAAUGGGUUCAUCAUGGUUCAAGCUUUGGUUGAUUCUGAAGGAAGAUUUUUGGAUAUCUCAGCUGGUUGGCCAAGUACAUUCAACCCUAAUUUGGUUCUAAAACAAACAAGAUUGUUUGCAAGUGUUGAAGAAACAAAAGAAGUUUUGAAUGGUCCAAAAAUUGAAUUGUAUGAUGGAAAUCUAAUGCCUCAAUAUAUAUUGGGUGACUCUUAUUACCCUUGUUUGCCAUGGCUUUUUACUCCAUAUUUGAGUAGAAAUGAGAGUGAGGGUGUGGAGUUGAGCUCGGUCGAAAAGGAGUAUAAUGAGGUACAUAAAAGAGCAAUGGGGUGUUUACGGGCGGCGUUUGCAAGGGUUAAAGGUAAUUGGCAAUUGCUUAAUAGGAGUUGGAAGGAGGAGUCUGCUGAAUUUUUGCCAUUCAUAAUUACAAGUGCUUGUGCACUCAAUAAUUUAUUGUUGAAGCAUGGAGAAAUAUUGAUUGAUGAUGAUCCUGGAUAUAUACAAGACCAAGAUUUUUCGAUUUAUGAUGGGGAACUUGAUGAGACUUCUACAAGUAAUAGAGAUUUGUUGGCAUUGCAUCUUAGCAGGGCUAAGUCCACUACCAAAGGCCUAUCAGGUUGAACCUGAAGCUAAAGACUCUCUAUAAAUAUACCUUCUUAGAGGUAUGUUAAAGGAUAAGAUAUGAUUUAUGCCUUCCUUAGGCAAGUUAGAUUUUACCUCUAUAAAAUACUGCUACUACUAUUAAUACAUCAUAAUAGAUGAUUUGUAAGUACUAACUUGGGUGUCGGAAGUACCGCCCCUGGGGUCACCCUCGGGUUCUUCGUGUUAUUUUGCAGGAAUUUCAUUAUUUUUCAGCCAACCACCGUACGACCACCACAACCAUCCAAAGGUACCCUUUUAUUUGAUUGUUUCCUAUUUCUAAUGAGAGCAAUGUAACGUCGUCUAUGGGGAUUAUGGUGUUCAUAGUGAGUUUCCUAUGGCUCCAUGACCCUUAACACUCAAAAUCUUACAUUGAAAUUCUCUAAAAAUUUUCAGAUCUAUCUUGUCUUCACCAUCUUUAAUAGUGACUCAAAUAAAUUAACCAUUUUUUCUUUCUUGUCACGAGAAAAAUCUAAUUAUGAGGGUACUAACUACUAAGCCUCAUGUAAGUAUGAUGAAACAAAGAUUAUGUUUAUAUACAUGAAGGAACAAGAGUAUGUCCAGGAACAAGUCAGUUUAGAAAUGAGUCAUUUUUGAAACAAGUCACUAAUCCUAACAAAACGAGUAUAAGACAAUUUAACGAGUCACCCUAACGAGUAUUUGGCUAACAUUUUAUGCGUAAAACGCAGUAUGAUAUAAGAUAACAAUAAUCAGUAGUUUAAUAAUAAUUUAUUUAUUAUUAAAAUGAUUUUUAAAUAAUAAAUUAAAAGAUAAAUAUUGUUUGGAAAAAGUAAGCCACGUGUUAUUAAGAGGUUUUUGUUUGAAAUAAUCAACUCCUUUAGAAAAAUUGUCCCGUAGAAAGUGGAGUGAAAAUAGGAGAUUUUACUCCAUGUUUUACUAAGAGGUUUUUGUUUGAAAUAAUCAACUCCUUUAAUUAAACCAUCCCUUAGAAAGUAGAGUGAAAAUAAGAGUUUUACUCCAGUAUAAAAAAACGUGUGACACUUUUAAUAAAGAUAUUUAUAUUUUCAUUUUGAAAAAUUUUAGAAGAAAAUAUCUCAUGUAUUGAAUAGUUAUUUUAUCUAAUUGUUUUAUAAGAAAAAAAAAUAUCUUUUUCGAAUAUGAUUUUGUUAAAUAUUUUUAUAGGAUUAUUUGAAAAGUAUUUUUAUAAAACAAAAUUAUGUUUUACGCAGAAUAAAAGAAGUUAUAAUACCACCCUUAGACUUAGGAAUAUGGGUGUUAAGGGGAAUGAAUUAAUUGACAUUAUUUUAUCACUUUUGUAACUGUAAGGGUCAAGGAAGUUAUGAAAUUAAUGAGUAGAAGUGGGAAGUUAACUUAUGAGAAAUAGUUUUUCUCAUGCUUAAAUAAAGACUUCCUUUAAUCAUUUAUAAUGUGAGCCUCCACAACUCCACUAUGGGUAUUCACUCCUCAAGAGUGUUUACUUCUCAAAGGAAAGACUUCAUGGAGGGUAUUAUGUAUGUCAUAUAUUGAGUCUAACAAUUAAGUUUGUUCCAAUUCGUAAGUUCCUGUUUUACAAGUAUAUUAAUAUGUUCCAACAUUUCAUCAUACUUAGAGUUUGUAUUCUAAUAUAGAGAUGAGUUUGUACUUCGAGUGAAGUGUUGAGAGUUUGAGUGAACUCUUGUAAAUGGGGUAAGAGGGAUUUGAGUGAAUUCACAAAAAAAGAGUUGAUUAAAGUUAAGUUCAAGAAGAAAAUGAGUUGUAAGAGCUUUAGGUGAAGUUUAGAGUUGAGAACAUGGGAACAAGAGGUUCUUCGUAGGGAAAAUUAAGUUCGAAGAGGAACUUAAUGUGAGAGAAAGAUAGAGAAGGGAACCCAUAUGAAAAUUGUGUAAUGAGUUUUGCUCAUUUUCAUAGUGAAAAAUUUUUACAGAAAUCCUUAGUGGGUCGAGGUUUUAUAUCCGGGUUGGGCUCUGGAUAGUUUCCUCGUUAAAUCUUUAUGCCCCUUUAUUACUUUUCUUUGUUGCUUUUGUGUUCAAGUCGUUAAUUUCGCAAAAGAUUUGACAAACUCUCAUAAAAUCUAAAGUAACACAUAUACUUUAAUUCACUUACCCCUCUUGUAGUAUCUAUCCAUAUAUAACAAUUGGUAUCAGAGCUUUUUACCUCAUAAAAGCAGGCAACCCUGCUGAGUAAAGAUUUUGGAUAAGAUAGAUAUUGUCUAGUUGCUCCAUAUUAUGUGGUGAAAGGAACACCGAUCUGUUCCCAGGAAAGAACCAUAUCGCUUCUAGUUACAAGCUGUUCCUUAACAAGAAUCUGCUGUAGCGUAGGAACAAGAGAUCUGGUAGAAGUUGUGUAGUGAAGAAAUACAUUGUUUGGUUUUUGCUGCUUUACAUGAGACAUAGGAACAUGGAAGAAAUUUUCAAAUGGAGAAAAAUGAACGUGUAAUUUUUGUGUAUUAACAAGUCGAAUUUGUGCAAGAUUUAGAAGUGGGAACACAUUCGAGUAUCAUAUUGUUCCUACAGAAGUUCCGUGGAACAACAUGCUUCUCAUAUAUCUAUACAGUGUUAAAGAGCAAAUAAUCUCUACAACAUUCCAAAGGCCUCAAACCUACUGUGUAAAAACCUCAAGCUCACCCUACUUCAAUUACCUCACAAAAUUUAAUGUUUGAAAGGUGAAAUUCUAACGAAGUAAAGAUUUGAACUUUGAUCUGUUUUAUAUACAUGCAUUAAUUGUUUUUACUACUUAUAUAAUUUCUAUGUUUCAAUCUUUCUUUAUACACAUUUAAAUCUUUUGAAAAUUAUCAAUUAUAAGUUUUUGUGUUUUCGAAAUUCAAACAUAUUAUUUUCAAAACAAUUUUAAUUUUUUUUAAGAAAUGAUUUUUAGAAUUAAUUCAAAAAGUAGUAAUAAUUUUUUUAAUGCAUAUGGAACAAGUAACUUGAAGCCUUUCGUGUUUGGCAAAAUAAUUCAUGAGCAUAGUUGUUAUUUGCUAAACUAUAAAGUUUUUAUUCAUCAAAAUGUUUUUUAAUAUCUUUUAUAAAAGUUGCAUGUUGUUCCUUCACAUUAAUAAUAAUCAUGUAAGAUAUGUUUACUUUCAAAUCAUAUGACGUCUUAUUACUAAAUGCACGUCAUUCAUUAAUUUUAAUGAUUAAUGUAAGUUUAUUUCUCUUUAAAUUUUGUGUCGUUUAUGAUUAAUAUGCGGGUUGUAUUAUAUGAUAUUAAAAUGCACAAAAGCAACUUCCUAUAAUUUUUUUUUAGGUUAAAUAAUAUGUUGGAAGUGAUUAACAAUAAAGGAACAACUAAAUGUUCAACAUAAGUUGUUGUAUCUCCAGGAACAAUACAAAAAAAAAAUUCUUUAUGCUCUUUUAUAUUGUUGAGUUCAAAUGAGGAUUAAGUAUUGGUAGCAUAAAGUAUGUUGCUAGUAUUUUGAAAGAACAUUUUUGUUCCAAAAUUGUAUGUUACAUUCUCUUUAAGUUUCAAUGUUCUUUCAAAAUACUAGCAACAUUUGAGGAUAUGUUCCAAAAUUACACAAAAUUUACAUUUGAGGAUAUGUUUUCAAUCUUCAAAAUGGUAUAUAUUGUAAUAUACGAGGUACUAGUUGUUCUUAUAAGGAAAAAGCCCUAAUUAGGUACCAAAGAGAAGUUUUAUAAUGAAUGACAUAUAAAACUAUAUUUGAUUUCAACUAAAAAGGUUAUAUUAAUUAUGGAGGAACGCAAAUUAAAACGUAAAAGGAAUAAAAAAGAACUUGUGGCAUUUAGUGAGGGGGAACGUUUCAUAUUUCGACAAUGAGUGUUCAUGUAAUGUGCUAAAAGAAUAUUUUGAAAUUACUCUAUAUAGUAGCUUAUGAUUAAAGAACUGUAUCAUAAAUACAAACAUAAUUAUAUGAAAGUAUUCUAUAGUAUGGUUUGUAUGAUACAUUUUUAUUAUCAUUUUAAUGUCGAAUAUAUAAAACACAUUAUAUUUUUAUGUGUAACUAUGUAAGUUUUCAAUGAUGCACUUUAUAUACUUUUAAUAGGAAAAGUGUUGAAGCAAUAUUCAUACAAUAAGUUUCUAUUGUUAAACAUACAUAGACUACACU